AUGUCUAAGAAUCGCUUCUGCUGUGAAGCCGAACACCAUCUUAAACUGAAAUACUGCAGCUGCAUUUUCGUGCGGGUUUUCGUGACAAUCAUCUCCUUAAAUUGCAUUCAUAUUGUACCAAACCUGACAUGUAGCGAAUCAUUCACGCUGAAAGAAAAGGGAACAAUAUAUAGCCCUGGAUAUCCCUCUUGGUAUGGACCCCGUAGGUUCUGCAACUACAAAAUUGACUUUGCGUCGGACAAGCAAGUCGCUUUGAAUUUCACCAACGCCAAUCUGGAUUCCGUGUGGGAUAGAAUUUUUGUGUUUGAUGGUCCUGACUGCAUGUCCAAAAGGAUCGGUGUGUUGCGACGAACGGAUACUCCGAAGUUCAUCUCAUCUGGAAAAGGAAUUACAGCAUUGUUAAUAACAGAGGGUGAGGAAGGUUCGUGGGGAUUCAAGGCUGACUACUCUGCAGAGAAUUGUGGGAAAGAGUUGAAUGGCACUGCCGGAAAUUUUUCGUACGUGGGAAAACGGGGCAGCGACGUGCUGUGUGUUUGGCGAAUAACGGUCCCACAUGGAGGGCAAGUACACCUAAGCUUCAAGCGUUUGGUGUUGAACUCCUUUAGUUCCUGGCUUCGCGUACUGGACGGUAGUACUUGCGGUGCGAAGGUUAUUGCGGAAUUCAGUAUGGCAACAUACCUUGGCGGACUCGAUGUAAACUCCACAAGCAAUGUGAUGACUAUUGUCUACUCUUCUGUACGCUCAACGGAUUUGGAUGUAAUAGAUGCAUUCUACUCAGACGGGAAUAUACAUUCAGAAAAGUCGGUGAAACCGACAAACUCAUUAUUACCUACAACGGAAAGAACAAAGACGGACACAGCAGCAUUAAGGUCCAGGUCACAUGAUAGGACAGCCGAAUUUCGAGGCAUCGGUUUGCAAGACGUCACACAAGAGUUAAACAGAAGCGUCGAUCUAUUCCUCAAGAAGCUUGACGAUUCAUUUGCAAUAUCUUUAGACGCAUCGACCACUAACACCGUACCUGCAACCACAGUUGCGGUGAUGAGGUCGCAUACCGGCGGUGAUGCGACGGAAGGAAAUCAGACGAACGUUUCUCUAGAUACGACAGUCGGAGUCAGAAGCACCGGUUCGCAAGCCGGCACACAUGAGUUAACCGGAAGCGUCAAUUUGUUGUCAACCACACAUGGUGAGUCCUUCGCAACAACCGUAGUUAACCCUAGUUAUCAACGCGUAUUUUAUGUCAAAGACAAUUUCCAAUCCAUUGUCUUAUAA